UUAUUUUUUAAAAAAGAUGGAAGAAAUGAAUGAAAACCACCAACAAGAACAACAAAAAAUAAAAAGGCCAAUAAAUUUAAAUAAUCAACAAAGGAGGAGAUUUUACACAAGAAGGAGAGGAGGACAACAACCUUUAACUUUUUUUGUUUUGUUAUUUUCUUUAAUUAGUUAUUGUUCUUUAACUACUACUGAAUGUGCUACUUUCUUUUAUGGAGCAACCGAAGACAGCGAAUCACCAGAAAAAAUUGAGCAGCUGCAAAAUGUUGUUGACACAAAUGAAAGGGCCUUGGCAUUAGCCGAGAGCGCGGCAGCAGCCAACUCAGAAAAUGAAAUAAAUGAGCAAAAAUUAAGCAGUCACGAGCUUGAGAGUGUUUACAACUUUUGUUCAUUACUUCCACUACUCGAACAAUCAGGCCAAAUUGUUAAAAAUGCACAAGCUAGACAAGUUUGUAAUAAACUUGUUGAUAUGUUAAAGCCAAUGUUUCGAAAAAGAAAUAAGGCAAUAAGGCCUAGAAGAACAAACAUUUUAAUAACAAAAAGACGAAAGUAGUGGAAAAAAAUAAAAGAAUUAAAAACAAUUAUUUUUUUAAUUUCAUUUUUUGUGCUUCUAA